CAUUAUACCAACAAAAUAGAAACAAAACAUAAACAUUAAAAAGUUUUAGUGCGGAUUUGCGGAAUCCAUUUAAAACGCCGCAUAUUAGAGGUUCAGACAGACUCAGAGUUCAGACUUGCUUGUUGCUGGAAACAAUUUCACGAUGUCGGACGCUUGGGAAGAAAUUCAAGCCAUCAAAAACAAGAGGAUGAAUCUCCGUGAAAAAUUGCAAAAGAGGAAGAAGGAGAUGCAGAAUAUUCUAAAUUCAUCGAUAUCAUUUGAUGAAAAGCAGCCGGCAGAAAAAGCUGAAAAAUGCGCAACAAGCUCCUCUGAAGUGGAUGAUGCUUUGAAGACUGACUCAGUGGUUGAGGAUAACCUCUUGAGCUACUUAAGUGAUGUAGCGAUACAACUCCCGGUGAACCAUGACCAGAUCGCCCAAACAAUUAGCCAAAAUUUGUCCAAGAAGGUUACACUUGAGGUUAUUUCAAAUCUGCUGCAAAAGUUUGCUGCACAAAAUCUCAUCAGCAUUAAUGAAACCAAAAAAGAAAACACUGUGAUUUUCCAACUGGUAUCCGUUGAGCACGCAAAACUCUUGGCAAUGACGAAUGAGCACAAGUCCAGAAAGAGAAAAAUCAAAGAUGUCGUGGAGCCCGUCCAGGAACUUUUAGAUGACAGUAAAGAAAAGGAGGACAAAAGAUCCAAAAAGCCUCCCAAUGAUAAUGACAUUAUGUCGCUUUUGUCAAUGCCGUCUAUCAAAGAGCAAGAAAGUAAGAAGGUCGGUGAGGAAAUUUUUGAUUUACUCAGCAAAUCGACAGCCAAAGAGCGCUCCAUGGCAGAGAAGUUUAAGUCACAGGGUGGCGCACAAGUUAAAGAGUUCUGCCCACAUGGUACCAAGGCCGAAUGUGCCAAAGUUACUGGCAACCAAACUUGUUUGAAGCUGCACUUCAAAAAAAUAUUGCAAAAGCACACUGACGAGGUCUUGGGGGAUUGCUCAUUCUUGAACACCUGCUUUCAUAUGGACACUUGCAAGUAUGUCCACUACGAAGUUGACGGGGAGAUAAAUAGCAAAAAAGAUGCUGGUCAGGAGGACAUUUCGAUGUUGCCAGUGAGAGAAUCUGCAACUACACUCUUUCCUGCACAGUGGAUUCAGUGCGACUUGAGAUAUUUGGACAUCACCCUUUUAGGGAAGUUUGCCGUGAUCAUGGCCGAUCCUCCUUGGGACAUUCACAUGGAACUGCCCUACGGCACAAUGUCCGACGAUGAAAUGAGACAGCUAGGCAUUCCACUCCUUCAGGAUGAAGGCCUUAUUUUUCUUUGGGUCACUGGCAGAGCAAUGGAACUUGGAAGAGACUGUCUUAAGUUAUGGGGUUAUGAGAGAGUCGACGAAAUCAUCUGGGUCAAGACCAAUCAGCUGCAAAGAAUAAUAAGGACGGGUCGGACGGGCCACUGGCUGAACCAUGGGAAAGAGCACUGCCUUGUCGGAAUGAAGGGAAAUCCUCCAAAUUUAAAUAGGGGUCUGGACAGUGAUGUCAUUGUGGCAGAAGUGCGUGCCACUAGUCAUAAGCCCGAUGAAAUUUACGGCAUCAUCGAGAGACUUUCCCCCGGUACAAGAAAAAUAGAGCUCUUUGGGAGGCCUCACAACGUCCAGCCUAAUUGGAUUACUCUUGGAAACCAAUUGAAUGGUGUCAAGCUUGUUGAUCCACCACUGAAAAAGUCCUUCUACGAAAGAUACCCCGAUGGCAAUUGUAUGGGACCGCAAAAAUCUAAGUGAGCAGUUAAUCAACUGAAAUUUGGCAAUAUUUUCAAAGCUAGAUGAAAUACGCAACAGCUAAUUAUUUUGUUUAGAUUUAAAAAUUGCUGGUCAACUUGUAAAUAUUUAUGAUAUAAAUAAAUGAAUGUACCAAUUCACAAACUAACUUAA